AUGGCAACAGCUUCUGCUGUUGAUCAUCCCAAGAUGGCGGACGAGGAGAAUGUCACCGCGCUCCCAGUUGCGACUGAAGCCAAGAAACGUCGGGCACCUAAAGCUCCAGAGCUUCCCAUUGUUGAGAGGAGAAACUGGCUCAUCCACCAGCACUAUAUCCGUAAAGACUAUGAUACCUGUAAGGCGAUCAUCAAAGAACAGCUGCAGGAGACUAAUGGGAUGUGUGAAUAUGCCAUCUAUGUUCAAGCACUAAUCCUGCGUCUUGAGGGCAAGAUCCAGCCGUCCCUGGAGCUGUUUCAGAGCUGCGCCAUCCUUAAUCCCAGCAGCACUGACAACCUCAAGCAAGUGGCCAGAUCACUAUUUCUCCUGGGAAAGCACAAAGCAGCGAUUGAAUUCUAUCAUGAAGCUGCAAGGCUCAACGAGAAAGACUGGGAGAUCAAUCACAAUCUGGGGUUGUGCUAUUUCUUCAUCAAAGACUUCAAAAAUGCUGAGGAGCAUCUUAACAUAGCUCUCCAGAUAAACAAGCACGACAAGAGCUUCAUGAUGCUCGGGAAAGUUCAUCUACUGGCCGGAGAAACGGACAGGGCCAUUGAAGUGUACAAGAGGGCAGUGGACUUCUCUCCAGAGAACACUGAACUCCUGACGACUCUGGGCCUGCUCUUUUUACAGCUCGGAAAAUACCAAAAAGCAUUUGAGUACCUUGGAAAUGCCCUCACUUUUGACCCCAACAAUUAUAAGGCCAUCCUGGCUGCAGGCAGCAUGAUGCAGACCCACGGAGACUUUGAUGUGGCCAUGAACAAGUACCGAGUGGCGGCCUGUGCCGUGCCUGAGAGCCCGCCCCUCUGGAACAACAUCGGCAUGUGCUUCUUUGGGAAAAAGAAAUACGUAGCUGCCAUCAGCUGCCUGAAGCGGGCUCACUACAUGUCUCCUUUUGAUUGGAAGGUGUUGUACAACCUGGGUCUGGUCCACCUGACCAUGCAGCAGUACGCCUCUGCCUUCCACUUCCUCAGCGCAGCCAUCAACCUGAACCCACGCAUGGGCGAUCUCUACAUGUUGCUGGCAGUGGCUCUGACCAACUUGGAGGACGUAGAGAAUGCCACCAGAGCGUAUGAACAAGCUGUGACCAUCGACCAAUCCAACCCUCUGGUCAACCUGAACUUUGCCAUCUUCCUCUAUAACCAUGGCGAUAAGAAGGCCACUCUGGAUCAGUACCAGGAGAUGGAGAGGAAAGUCAACCUGCUUCGAGACAGCAGUAGCAGCUUCGAAUUUGACCCUGAGCUGAUGGACAUGGCUCAGAAGAUGGGGGCUGCCCUGCAGGUGACAGAGGGCCUGGUGUGGGCUAAACCAGACAAGGAGUCCAAAUCUAAACCCAACUCUGCAGCAGCCACCAAAGCCCCCGGAGCUGCUCUUGGAACCAACCAAGCUCUGGGCCAAGCCAUGUCUUCUGCUGCGAGCUACAACAAGAACAUGCAGCUACCAUCAGGAGUUUCCAAAGGCCCCUCCAUGCCCCUGGAGCCAGAGCCCGAUGAGGAGUUGGCCCCCAGCCCCCCCGAUGAUCCUCCAGGAUCCCCGCUGCCUGCAGAGUCAGAAAACCCCAAACCCAAAACCUCCAAGAGGAGAUCUAAGGUGGAGGAAUGAGUUUAGCUGCUAUCUGCAUCUUACUAGAUAUCUUUGUCAUAAGAUCACGCUGGUUUUAUGGAGGCAAAUCAAGGUUCUUAAACAGCACUCAAGCUAUUUGUGGUUUUCUAGCUCCUUGUAGUUAGACAUGAAGGCUGAGGGGUUGUGCUUCUGGUUUGAAUACCUGCUGCACUGACAUUUGUCCUCCUUUACAGUGAAAAGGUCAACUAUUAUGUGCAAUUUGUUCAUACUAUUUAUUGCUAGAUUACUGACUGUCAGUAAACCAACACCCUGCUUCAUGCAAGAUGAGGAAAUCAAGUGUUUCUUGUAGAUGUCGAUGUGGCAGGUUUGGUGCACAUGUCCAACACAUUUCAAUGGAACUUUAGGAACUUCUCUUUUCAACAAAAUGGUUAUAUGAACAUUGUUAAGGAACUGCUUCGACAAUCACUGAGAUCUUAGGACAGAAAUGGAUGUUAUGAUAGUUACAGGUUGUCUGUCUGAUAUGGCUCUUUUUGAGGGUUGAGUGUAAAUAGGGACACGCUUUUAUAUGUGGAUACAUGGUAUGUUUAUAGAGAGUAAUGUAUUUAAUAAAAAAACAAGAGACUUUAAA